AUGCAGACGCUUUCCUCCACAGCAUACUCUGACUUUAUCAUGGCUAAUGAUAUCACAAGUCUCUUAUGUUCGUCUGUUUCAAAACCUAAAUCCAGCCAAAGCUCUUCCAAGAGCCCGUCGUUGAACAAAAACGAGUUUGCUGCAUACUGGAGAGUUCAUGGAUCGCAUCUUGUGACUAACCUUCCACCUCCACCUGUUUUCAAGGAAUUUUACGAGAAAGAGCUUUCAGAUGGAACGAAAAAAAUCAAAAUUGCUGCCUUUGAUAUGGAUAGCACUCUAAUAAAAUCCCGAUCUGGUUUAAAGUUUGGAAAGGGCGCCAAUGAUUGGCAAUGGUGGAGUGAUAGAGUUGUUCCAACUCUCAAAGCGAAGGCGGAGGAAAAGUACAUUAUCGCUAUUUUCACAAAUCAAGGAAGCACUGUCGUUCUUCAAAAGGACCCCACCGCAUCAAAAUCUUACUUGAUUCUUAGGUCCAAAAUCAAUCAGAUAUUUGCCUCGUUAAAAAGUCAAGUCGAAAUACCACUUUUGGUCUUUGCUGCCACUCAACUCCCUGGUAAGAAACUGCGACCAUUUGCGAGCUCAGAGGAGAAGCACCAGAAAACUAGAAAACCAGAGACUGGGAUGUGGGACGAAUUGAUUCUAUAUUUGAAGAGCGCGUUGGGAAAUGACAUUGAGAUUGAUAUGGAUAAUAGCUUCUUUGUUGGCGAUGCUGCUGGAAGAGAGGGCGAUUUCCUGGAUACUGACAAAAAGCUUGCAGAAAACAUUGGCAUUCGUUUCGAGGUGCCAGAAGAUUUUUUUGUCUAG